AAAAACAAGAAUUGUUCGACACAUUUUUUUUAUAAAUUCAAAACACAAGGUUGCUUCAUCAAUUUUACGAAACAAACAUGUGGAUUGAGGCCAAUAUUUUCUUGUAAUAACUGUCUGUCAUCUUUCAAUAUUGGCAGUAUUGUCAACCAUUUCAAAAAAAAAGUCGAAAAAAAGUUGUGUUUGUAGAUGAAGUUUUAUUCGUUGUAAAAGAAUAAAGAGAAUAAACCUCUUAUCAGUUGUAAUUUUUUGCUUCUUCUCUCAGCAAUAUAUCCAAACUGUUUUGGUAAUUGAACAUCAAAAUUUGAGGUAGUUUUUGUUUGUGGAAGAGAGCGAAUGUUGGGAAAACCAUAAAAUUUAUACAUGAGUUUUUAAUCGUUUGUAUACCGAAAUGAGUUCGGGAACGAAGGUGCUCUUGGAUGUUGGUGAUAAGUAUAAGACAGUUCUCAGUGCGCUUAUCCAACAGAAUUACCAUGUUAUAAACGAUGUUUAUCUCGACAUGUUCAUUUCACAUGUAUCGGGGAAAAAUGGAGAAGACUAUUCAACAUUGUUGACCGACCAAUUUACGUUUGACUGGAUCGAGAAAUCGAUAUCAAAAAUAUUUGACGAGCAUACGAAGAGCGUAAAUGGUCUGGCUUUUACGUGUCAACUCAUUGCAUUGUUGACAGAAAAUCCGGAACAUUUUCGUCAAUUGUCCGAACGAAAUGUAUACAAAAACAUAAAAAAUGGCAUGAAUGAGGCGACAGAUUUGCAAAAUCCAUCGGCAAAGCUGGCAUUGAUAACAUUGUUUCAGUCAAUGUUAAAACACGAUGCUGGCAUCGAAUGGUUAAAAGCCGAACAUGCAUGGCAACAAGCAAUCAACUAUUGCAUUCAGGAUGAAACGAUUUAUGUGGUGCGCCGUGCCAAGGAAUUCAUAACUGAAUUCUUAUUUCGAAUUGCAAACGAUGAAAAUCUAUGUUUGGAAGUGAUUGUCAAAAUUGCUCAACCAAUAAAUGACAAUGUUUACAAUGGCAUGGAAGGAACUAUGGACGUAUGCGUUGACAGCUGCGAUUUGCAACACAAAGUCACACCAUCAAUCAAUAUAAUUUGCAAUGUACUUGAGAGAUACAUUCAGCUGAAUCAGAAAUCAUCGAUAGCGCAUCACAUUAUAAAAACAACAAAAGGUCAAAUGAAUUUAUGGAAACUUACUGAUAUGACACAUGAUCGUGUACUUUUCAAUCAAAUUACACAAUGUUUGAUUUACUUGAGCUUUGCAUUGUUGGUUGAUAAACUGAAUGAAAAUAAAAUCCCUGAUAAUAGUCCAAUAUCAGUGAUUGAUUUCAAUGAUUUCGGUUUGACGUUUUUAAAUACAUGCAAAAUGUGUAUUUUACGAAAUCAAAACGAAACCCUGUUGAACGGUGCACGUCUGUAUUAUGUAUUAUGGAAAAGUAUGGGCGAUCGUGUACCCGAAGAAAUUAUUCUUGGCAAUCAAUUGACAAAAUUUGAGAAUCAAGUGAUUCUCUUUCAAAUAUUACCGCUCAUAAAUGUUAUGCACCACGGCGAUAAUUGCUAUCCAGAACUAUUGGAUGAUUAUGUGAUGAAAUUAUUUCACAUUUCCACUGAGCACACACUGAGAAUUUGUUAUUCAUUCCGAAAUUCGGUAAUCAACGGUAAUGUGGAUCUGUAUGAUAUGGCGAGCAAAGCAAUUCAGGGAAUAUUAUCAAUGAUUCACAUUUUACAUCGCGAUCGUGCUGUUAUUGUGUUUCAAGCAUUGUGUCACAUCAUCAAAGGAGUCGCAAGAAAUGAACAAUCAAAUGAACUACCAUUGAUUGCCCGACCAAAUUUUAUGUCAUCAGUUCUAACCGGACUCUAUUCCAUAGUUAAAAAAUAUCGCAUCACAUGGAAAGAUUCAUACGAAGCCGUUGGUCUUCUCAAUUGUAUGCUUUAUUCGAUUGAGGAUCCAAACCUAUCACCGAGGCUGGCAGUUGAAGUGCUAAAAUUGGCCCAACUUUCCGUCGAACAUUUUAUGGCUCCGAAUUUGGCAUUGCUAGUUGAUACUCUAUCUGGUUCAGAUAUGCAAAAACUAGGACCAAUGAUUGUAAAACGUCUACAUGACAGCAAUUGGGAAGUUAGAGAUAGUGUACUGGAAUUGCUAACAUCAAUAGCAAACAUAUCAGUAUAUAAGUUUCCGGCAUUCCAAGAGCAUAUUUUGAGCAACGGUUUGUGUCCUCUUGUUGUAGAUAUAGCGAAAAACGAUAGCGAAUAUUAUGUACGCGCAUCAGCAUUGAACUGUAUUUCAAAAAUGAUUCCAGUAAAUCUGUUCUGGGAACAAUGCUUUGCUGCCCUUGAUUUGGUUACAUACUUGAUUAAAGUUAUAAAAACCGAAUACGAAGGUGUUGUUCGCAAAGAGUCCGUAUCAUUGAUCACAUGCAUCUAUGAGAAUCAAAAAGUUCCGUCCAAUCAAUUGGAUUCAAUAUAUGAAGCGUUAGCCGUUGCUGCCACACACGAUUUAUUCUGGGAAGUAAAAGUGAAGGCAAUUGAAUUUUGGCAUUGUGUCAUCAGACGUCAGCUUCAAUAUCAGGGAGUUAUCGAUGGAACAUUUCCGUCGGUGACGUUUUCAAAGGAAAAUAAAAAAAUUGUCACACUAACACAAAAAGAAAUCACAUUGCGAUUGACAAAAGUACUGGUAAAAUUGUCGACGUUUGGCUGUUUGGGUGUACUGCUAGCGAGUUUAAACGAUGAAGAUGAUUUGUUGGUGGUAAAAAAAGGCGUCAAUGUGCUUAAAUCUCUCAUUGAAUUCCUUGAUAAAUACAAUUACUGGAUUGAGUUAGACGAUAAAAACACAAACAAUAUAGCACGAUCGCAAUCAAACGAUUCAUCAAUAAGUGCAGACACAAUGAAUUCUUCAAAAGACAUUGAUGAAGAAAUGAAGGACAUAACUAAUGAAAAAAUUGCUCCCAAUGAAUCGACCGAUCCAAAUAGCAAUUCAAUGAAUUCAGAUGAUGUUAUUCAAGCGAUAGUUUUGGCGCAGGAUAUUAAUCUACUGUCAAAAGCCUAUGAAAAUCAAAUGAAUGUAGAAUGUGGGGCUGGUAGCGAAACAUCGAGUAAAUCAAUCGAAGAAAAUGCAGAAUAUUUUAGGUAUUUACGCGAAAUUACGCCCGAAAUAUUUUUGAAUAAAAUGAAAACAACCGACUUGAAUAAUGUACUACAAACGAGAACUGAAUGGCUUGCCCAAACCGAAAGUUUUUCAUCACUGUUGAACGAUAUGUCGUACUCAUUGCAAGCACACGAACAACACGAUGCUGACUGUUACUAAGCAAUCCUUUUUUGUAUUCACGAUUUCUUUUUCUUUUUUAAAGAAAAUAAAAUAAAUAGUAAAGUAAA